AUGCCCAGCAUUGUAUCCAAGACUGUUGUCGGCCCCAGCCCCGGCGAGUAUUACAGCACUCUUGUCACGAACGGCAUCAGUUACGAAGAUGGCAGCCCUGUUACCGUCCAGGACAGGCUCUACGUCAAGUUCCUUGCUCCUCCCAGCACAGGUGUCCCCCAACUCACUGCUUUGCUCAGUCCGUGGCAGAAGGUCGACGCCAUCUUUACGUUGGAACCAAUGGCAGACAAGAGUGUCGCCGUCACGGCCGAGCUCCCAAUUGCGGGCCCGUACAGGUUCAACGCCUCGGACACCCUGACCUGGGGCAUAAACGGUGACCUGAGAGGCGAUGCCUCGAGGUACACCGAAUCGUUCGAGCUUUUCGCGGACAAGCUGCCUAGCGGCACGGUGGAGGCCGUGGUCCCUGGUGCCCCAGAUGGCGCCUUGUCCACCUCCAUGCAGACCAUCACCCUCUCCAAAGGCGGUGUGCCACUCUCCCUCCUCGCUCCGCCUGGCGAGACGACGCCCUUCGAGGUGGCUACUGGCGAUUACACGGUCAAGGUGGACGAUCUCAUCAACGAGAACGAGACUAUCGUUGCGACCGCGUCCGUCUCACCGACAGAGAUCACUGUCAAAGACGACGCUACCACCACGCUGACAGUGUCCUACGGAACCCCCCAGAAGUUCUCAGCCCUUGACAUCAAAGUCGGCCAGCUGUCGUCUCCUCUGGACAAGGAGCAGCUUCACGUCCAGGUCAAGGUGGGCGGUGGCGAAGUCAAGGUCUUUGACAGUCCCAACAACCACACAACCAGCGUGCGGCGGCUGCCGCCAUCGGGCACCGCCACCGUCAUCGCGACGCUGACCUUGAACAAUAUCAAGUACACCAGCCAGCAGCCAGUGGAACUCUCCAACGCCCUGAUCAACGUCGACAUCGAGGACGGCAACAUCUCGUCGGCCAACAUUGACACUUCGUCGUUCGUCGACUUGCCCAUCAAGGUGAACACCGACUUGGAGCCCUCGGACGAGUCCAUCGCACUUCGCCUCGUCUCUCGAGACCAGACUGCCUUCAUAUAUUCCAAGGAGGUGCCCGUCGAGAGUGGGACCAUCACGCUCGGCCCUGUUGCACCGGGCAGGUACAAAGUCAGCGCGCCCGGCUACAUCAAGGACGGCACCGUCUAUGGCGCACAUGUGGUCAGCGAGAUUGAGGUCGCAUCCGACGGUUCCUCCAAGAUCGACAUGGAGGUCUUGCGAGGGCCCAAGUUGGCGGUCCGGGGCUUCCCCGACUACCUCAGCUUCGGCGCCAUAUCCGACCUCGUCGACCCGGAUGGCAAGGACCUGACAGCCGCCAAGGUCACGUCCGUCUUCAAGUACGCGGGCACUGACGGCGCCGGAGACGCUGGCGCUUACCUGGACGACGACCCGGCAACCACCAGGACGGUCGGCCUCGCCUCGCGGGUCUCCGAGAACCUGGACGGUCAGUCCGUCCUGCCGGUCAUGAUCAGCUACACGGUCAACCUCAGCCUCGGCGACAGCGAAAGGCUCCUGCAGAGUGUCCCCCGGUUGGAGCACUCCUUCGGCAAUCUGAUCCUCAGCAUGCAGCUGGCAAGGAAGGCGUCGCAGAACCAGGUCCCAGCUGGGUACAUCGUCAACCCGGACUUCCUGGGAGCCAACCAACAGGAAGGCCGUGGGCCAUCCUAUAUCAUGCCCGUCAGGGAGCCUCUCACCAACGCGCUGGCUCACCGUAACAUAGACGCCGUCGUCCCGGAAACUGUCAAGGACACCCUCGCCGGCUAUGUCCAGGCGGUAAACUGGCUGAUCAGGACCGUCGCCCCCGAGGUGACGUUCGGCUGGCAGGCGAACCUGUGGGGCGUCGGCAGCUCGGCGUGGAUCUACAAACAGGACGACAACACCGUCUCCAUAACAAACGCCAAGAGCACGGCCGACUACAUCAGGGCGCUGGGCGUGCACGAGGGCGAGUACGCGCCCGACUUCCUGGCCAUCGACCGCUACGAGGCCGACGACUUCACAUACCGGGGGUACGGCAAAGGGUACUGCUACGGCCCGCGGGAGUGGGCGCGCUUCUACGACUUCGUGCGCUCCGUCGCCCUGGAGCUCAAGGUCCCCGUGAUGCCGUGGCAGGUCCCGGCCAGCCGCGUCCCGCGCGCCGCCGGCGACGCCGUCACGGCCGACUCGCUCGAGCCCGACCACUGGGGCACGGGCGGCACGUACGUCUUUGGCGACGCGGGCGUCGGCUCCGGCCUGCAGGACAUCCACCCCGUCGUGCUCGGCAUCGAGCUCGCCUCCGACCUCAUCCCGCACGAGGACGUCGAGUCGCUGUUCGAGAGCGCCGAGCCGUUUGAUCUCGGGGCCCCGUCCUGGGGUGACUUCCCGCUCCGCGGCAUCUUUUCUGUGCUGCUCGGCGGUGGCAGCACCACCGGCGUGGUGACGAGUAUUGGGACGACUGGGAAGUGGACGCAGGAGAAGAUUCGCGAGUACAUGGAGAACCCCACCUUCUUUUGA